AUGGCGUCUAUAGUUAGCCAAACCAAUGGCGUCCCCAAAAGGAAGCUCAUUCUCAAUGCCUUCGUCGAGUCGUGCAGUGGCCAUCAAUCCCCUGGCCUUUGGAGACACCCUCAAGAUCGAUCAGCCAACUUUAACAACAUUCACCACUGGGUUGAGUUAGCUCAGCUACUAGAGAGUGCUCACUUUCAUGGCAUUUUUAUUGCUGAUGUUUUGGGUCCCUACGAUGUCUACAAAGGACCUCGUAAUCCGGAUCCCGCCAUCAUAUCUGGGGCCCAGUUGCCUGUGAACGAACCACUAGUUCUAGUUCCGGCAAUGGCCGCAGCUACCAAAAAUAUUGGCUUUGGUGUUACUAUUGCAACGACAUAUGAGCAGCCGUACCAUCUUGCUCGUCGCCUGAGCACAGUCGAUCACCUGUCUGGCGGCAGAGUUGGUUGGAACAUUGUGACUGGCUACCUUGACUCAGCUGCAAGAAACUUGGGUCUCACUGAGCAGCCGCCUCAUGAUGAGCGGUAUGCGAUUGCUGAUGAAUAUGUUGAUGCCAUUUACAAGCUAUGGCAGUCGUCAUGGAGAGAUGAUGCCGUCAAGCUCGAUAGCGAAAAAGGAAUCUACACAGAUCCUUCGCUCGUCAGGCCCAUCAACCACCAAGGUAAAUAUUUCACGGUGCCAGGGCCGCACGUCUGUCAGCCAUCGCCUCAGCGGACUCCCGUUAUCAUGCAAGCCGGGACUUCAAAGGCCGGUAAGGCAUUUUCAGCUAAAAAUGCAGAGGCAAUUUUUGUUGCUGGACACAGCCCCUCUGUCAUAGCCAAGAACAUUGCCGAUAUUAGAGCCGCGGCGCGCGAUGAGUACAACCGGGACCCCAGUACCAUCAAGUUCUUAGCCAUGCUUUGCCCCAUAAUUGGCAAGACUCAGGAAGAAGCUGAUGCUAAAUAUGCGGAUUAUAUCCAAUACGGCUCAGAAGACGGUGCUUUGGCCCUAUUUGGUGGCUGGACUGGCAUUGAUCUAGCGCAAUACGACGAUGAUCAAGAGCUCCGCCAUGUCGAGUCCAACGCCAUCCGAUCAGCCGUGGAAGCCUGGUCUAAGGCCUCACCUUCGGUUCCAAAAUGGACCAAGCGUGCUGUGGCAAAGCAUAUCCAAGUCGGCGGUCUGGGGGCCACUGUUAUUGGCACACCAGAAAAGGUAGCUGAUGAAAUGGAGAGGUGGGUCAGAGAAGCCGAUGUGGACGGCUUCAACAUCGCAUAUGCUCUUAUGCCCCAAACAUUCCAAGAUGUUAUCGACUUGCUUCUUCCAGUCUUGAAAGAGAGAGGGUUGUUCUGGGAUGGCUAUGCCGUUGAUGGUGGAACUUACCGUGAGAACCUGUAUGGAAAGAAAGGGUUGGCUAGGCCGCCAGCAGAUCAUCCAGCUUCCAAAUACCACUGGCGGGCGGAGUGA